AUGCCGCUGGAUGCCGCUGCCAUCAUGUCAACAGCUUUGGAAGGUAUAUUAUACAUUCUCAUGUUUAUGGGUAGCAUCUGGGCACUCACCUACAAAAAAACACACGAGGGACGUCAAUCGGCAGUCGCUGCCGUUGUCAUCUUACCGGUUUCACUGAGUAGCACGGUUAUAUUUUUGCGUCAGAAUCAGUCCUUUGGGGUCGUAGACCCUAUGUUGGACAUGUCUCGUCAUAUGCUUUUCCCUCGCGGCCCAGCGGCAUUCUCUGCAGACGUCAAACAAAAAAUGUUCAUGGCCAGGAAUGUGGCGAAUAUCACGCAAACUAUGCUUGCCGACUGGGUAGUGGUUUGGUUGCCAUUAUACUCAGAAAAAACCUCCCAUCGACGCGCUCACACACGACUAGAUGCUGUCGAAAUGAGCUACAGUGGAUUGGCGUUCCAGCGUCGCAAAGACCGUAAAAUAUGA